AUGACGUCAUCGAUAGGGAAACUGAACAGUAAGAGUCCUGCGAAUGCCCCUUACUUCAUUCCAGCUGCCACUUCAAACGGUGAUGUGCAUACUGCUGGUGUUCGAACUACAGUAGUUAUUCGUGUGCGUCGCAAAGACAGCCUCGACGAGUCAAAAGCCGUCAUUUCGGUGUGGUUCCUGACAGCAAAGACGAAAGCGAAAACGUGUACACUGUCGGAACAAACACGAAAUAUUGUCGUUGCGUAUAACGCUGUGCUUCUGCCGUGUACAGUGAUGCAGAUCAUCCAUCGAGUAUCGGUUGCAUCGAGAGACCCUUGCCCACCCCACACACUGGCUGAAACCCAACUACCAGCAGCGCUACAACAAUACGCUCUCAAGUCAAUUGCAGAGCCAGAAAACCCUGUUGACCAGAUCCGUACGUAA